CAAGCACCCCUGCUACCACCAUUUCUGUUUCAACCACCUUAUGGGUAACCCAUGAUGCCUCCUAUGGGAUACCCGCAGCUUCCUCAGGUCUGACAGCACGUUAUGAUGGCUCCCAGAAAAAACUUCCUGCAUUUUUGGUUCAAGUCAGCACUCGCAUGCAGCAAUAUGACCGUCAGCACCAGAAUGACUUGGAGUGGGUGUAUGAGGUGGGCUCUGCCCUGGAUGAUAUAGCAGCUGAAUGUAAGAUUCCCGACUAUGAUGAUCUGGUCAAGGCGUUUGCCUUUAAACAAGCUUUGCACUCUGAACUGCUACGGUGGUCUCUUCAACAGGACAGUCCCGAGACCUUGAUAGAAUGGAUCAUGCUGGCAGGCAUGUCUGAUGCAUGUAUGCAUGAAGCAAAGUCCCACAUGGGCAAACUGGCACCUCAGAAACCGGGGUCCCAGAAGAAGCCCCCACCUCGUCAGAAGCUGUCUGAAACUGAAAAUGCACGUCGCCGGCGCCUUGGGUUAUGUCUCUACUGGAGAACCCAGUCACAUGGCGGCUGGCUGCCCAGCAAAAUAAUCGGCGAAGCUCCUGCCCCGAGAGGCGAGCUGUCUGUCAAAGGUCCCAAUCCUAAGAAGAGAACAUCACGUCUUGCGCUCCCCACUGAAUUGGAUUACAAUUCAGCUGAUGAAGACUGUAAAGGCUAUAGGAAGACUGCUUUGGACAACGUUCAGGAUAUUUCGGAGAGGAAGAGGCCAGAACCAUUCAUGAAGAUGAGAGGGUCCUCUCAGGACGAGGCUGCCAUGACCAUUUCUUGUGCUGGGCCUUUCAUUUGGGCAGAAGUGGGCGACAUCCUCAACAUUGUAUUCAAGAACAAUGCCACACGGCCUUAUUCCAUUCACUCCCAUGGAAUCAUGGAGAACAGCAAAACGGAGCCUGAAGCAGCAGCGCCGGGUGAAAUUGCAAUAUAUCGCUGGGUUGUUCCUGAUAGAUCUGGCCCAGGACCAAAUGAUUCUGCCUGUAUUUCUUGGGUCUAUUAUUCCAAAGUGGAUCCAGUGAAGGAUCUAUUUAGUGGCCUCAUUGGGCCCUUGAAGGUCUGCCGUAAAGGGAUGCUGCAGUUUGAUGGGAGAAUUAAAGGUGUAAGCAAAGAGUUUGUUCUCCUCUUCUUGGUUUUUGAUGAAAAUCAGUCCUGGUACCUGGAUGAGAAUAUGAAGAAUGCUGCUCAGGGAGACUGGCCCCAUGGCCACCGAGAGGAUCAAGAAUUUGUGGAAAGCAACAAAAUGCACGCCAUCAAUGGUAAACUCUAUGCAAACUUGCCUGGGCUGACAAUGUAUCAAGGAGACUGGGUAAACUGGUACCUGCUGGGAAUGGGCGAGGAAAUUGAUAUUCACACAGUUCACUUUCACGCUGAGACUUUCAUAUACCGAAGCGGCAAAAGCUACAGAGCAGAUGUUGUGGAUCUCUUUCCUGGGACCUUUGAAACGGUGGAAAUGUUGGUUGGCAACCCUGGUACGUGGCUGCUGCACUGCCAUGUGGCUGACCACAUCCACGCUGGCAUGGAGACCCUCUUCACAGUCUUACCCAAGCCAGAUCCAGUGCUCUUGGAUUCAGAUUCCAGUGCAGAAAUUCCUGGCAACCAUGAAGAUGAUUCCGGUCAGAUCCUCUUAUUUGGAGCAAAAGUGACCCAGGGGCAAGUGAAGACGACACUCCUGCUCCUUGCCAUCACUGGGAUUGUGCUGUUCCUCGUUGCCAGCGUGCUCCUGGCAGUGGUCAUUUACCUUAAGAGACAGAGGAGACUGAAGCGCAACCGGCGGUCCAUCCUGGAUGAAGGAUUCAAGCUCAUGUCGACCAAAAAACACAGUAUCUAGAGAGGGACCUUUGAAGCCAUGCAUGUGUGCCUUUUGAGGCAAAGAAAAAAAAUUUUGGAAGAACAAAUGCCCAAACCCACUGCAUUCAUUGUCCUCUCAGGAAAGUGCAACUAGAACAAGAUUCCUAGCAAGCAUCCCUGUUCUCUUUGAAGACUUUCUGUUGCAGAUGAUGGGGACAGUGGCAUAGUAGGGGAUGUGGCGGGGGGGCUGGAGCCCCAGGCAGCACUUCCUAGGGGUACACAGCAGGUCAGCACCCCAUCUCACAACUGCACCCCAUCACAUACUUCGGGGAGUUCAGGCAGGGGCGCAGUUGAACACCAGUGGGCAGGGCUCACCCUCCUCCCCAUCGCCAGUUGGCUCACCCCACCCCCAGUUCCCUUGUGGAGAUUGGGAGUGGCAAGGGCGUGUUUGAGUCUGGCCACAGCCAGGCUUGAAUCGAGCUGCGAGCUGCAGGUGGAGCUUGUGGGUGGAGCCAACAGUAUAAAACUAGAGUCUCAACAGCAGCUGUGCUCCGUCUGAGCCUGGUGAUGGAAGGAGCCUGGCUGGCUCCACUCCCAGUCUCCACAUGGAAAUUGGGGGUGGGGCAAGCUCUGCUUGCCAGUGCUCAACUGCGCCCCGCCUUGAACUCCCCAGGCCAGAGGCAGCUGCCGGGGGGCGGGGGGCGGUGCACUGCCAUUUUAUUUAGCUACUCCCCUGGAUGGGGAGUUAGAACUGGGCUCUGUGCCUCAUGGGCCAGAGGAGGAGUUAGGCAGGCAGGAAGCGCCAGCUGGUCCAUUCACACCCAUAAGUCUUCUGAGCCUGGAAACCAGUUGUCACCCAAGAGCGGCCCAGGGUGUAAAGAACCUCGAAGGACCUGAAAUUAAGCAACUUAGAAUAGUUCUUUAUUUCAUAAACUUCAGGAGUCGCAAUACACGGAAUGCAGAUUCUGACCUUCCCCGAAUCAGGGUGCCUCUUUUACGGGCAAAACGGCUCCUCCCAAAACUCCCAACUACAAUUCCCACGAUAGAAAAAAGGCAAGCUUCAAACAUAUAUAAUAAGCGUAGACAG